AUGGGGUCUAUUUAUGCUCUUUUGAACGCUGACUGUGAUUACAAUCGCCAGUCCAUUGUCUUGACUAUUGAAUUCCACAUGAAUUCAAUGGUACGUUGUCACCGACAGAUUACUUCAAUGACUUCUAAUAAUAUUUUCUAUAGGCUCUUCCAUUGUAUUCAAUGUGUCAGAAUUCCAAAUUUGGAGAAUUUAUUUAAAUUUGGAUUACGGAUGAUUUUAUCUUAUGUGCGUUUAGCACAACAAGUGCGGAAUCGAAGGAUUGUACCGAAAUUGACGUGCAAGAUAACUGAAUUUCAAGAGAAAGGCAUAUGUCUGGAUACUGUCUUACCACUGUUCAUAAAACCUAAAUGUCUCAAAACCAAACGUCCCAAUGUCUCCAGUUUUUGUUACUGCCGUUUGCUUUGUUUGUUACGUAAUUCCAACAAUCAUGUUGAACGUGCCCGAACACUCUGUUUUGAUGUGGUUCGUGGAUCCACUUAUCAUAAACGCUGUAAUUGGACCGCACUAUACCAAAUCCCUUCAACAAUUGAGGUGAUUGAGGAAGUCGUGGAUCCCGAAGGUGUUACAGUGACAAGUAAAUCCUUUGAGUUGAUUUUCCACGUCCUUGGUGACUGGAAAAAAUUGUACAAUACAUUAACAAUGGAUGUGAUGGAUGACGUGGCAUUAGAAACCAUGGGGUCAAAGACCGCACUCGUAGAAGCCAUCAAGAAAGUGGUUCUAAAGAAACAGCAAUCUUAA